GUUGGUGAUUCUGUUGGUUCCUGGUGGUGAGUAGAGAGAUUGAAGGGGCCGGGCCCAUAGCGGAAAGAAAUGGCGAGUAUGGUUAACGAGAACGAGUGUGGAGGGGAAACACAGAGCCUUGAGCCACAGGGACCGGGCCGGGGAGCGGCCAGAUGGGGUCCACAACACGCCGGUGCCCGAGAACUGGCUAAUUUGUACUCGCCAGGCAAAAGAUGUCAAGAAUGGAUCAGUGUCAUCCUCUGCUUCUCUCUCAUGGCCUUCAACCUCAUUUACCUCCUUGCCAAUUUCCAUCAGGGACAUAUAUGGUCCAUCCUGCUGGGCAUUGUGGCAGGUAUCCUCACUGCAGACUUUGCAUCAGGAUUUGUUCACUGGGGGGCUGAUACGUGGGGAUCGGUAGAUCUACCCAUCUUUGGAAAGGCCUUUAUACGUCCAUUCAGAGAGCACCACAUCGACCCCACAGCCAUCACCCGUCACGACUUCAUUGAGACCAACGGUGACAACUGCAUGCUGACCAUAGUCCCUCUAGCAAACAUGGCCUAUAACUUUCUCACCCUCUCACCUGCGGAGAUUUACCAUAUCUACCCCCUGUACUGCUACCUGUAUGCACUGGCCAUCUUUGUGACUCUUACCAACCAGAUUCACAAGUGGUCUCACACAUACUUCGGGCUGCCUCGUUGGGUCGUGUUCCUGCAGGACUGCCACAUCAUCCUUCCCCGCAAGCACCACCGCAUCCAUCAUGUCUCUCCUCACGAGACCUACUUCUGCAUCACUACGGGUUGGCUGAACUACCCUUUGGAGAAGCUGGGUUUCUGGAGAUAUUUGGAGGAGCUCAUCCAGGGUGUGACAGGAGAGAAGCCGAGGUCGGACGAUCUGAAAUGGGCUCAGAAAGUCAAGUAACACAGCGGGCUAACUGCACCCUACCUCAGACAACACUGGGUCCGUCCAGGCUUCUCAUCCCUUUUUUUCCCACACUUAGUUUUUCUUCCUAUGGACUUACAAUCUAACACUUUCUGAUGCCAUAGCUUUAACUAUUGCACAUUGUUUUUCUCUUUUUCAAAAGGAGGGCUUUGUUGGUGGAAUUUUUCAUCACUCUCACACAGAUAAUAUUUAAAAAAAAUGCAAUAUAUCCUUGAAACUUUAUAUAUUUAACACAGCUCAUCACUUUUUAGGGGUUUUGCUAAGGAAGAGCGAUCAUAUACAUUUGAAAUCACUUUCUAAGGAAAUCAAAUAUUUUCUCCACAUAAAAAAAAUCAAACUCAACAAAAAAAAUACUUGAAAGGUUGAAAACUCUUUGCUUCUCCAGAGCCAGAGCUGUUAAUUUGAAGUGAUGAUGAAUCACAUUAUAUUUAGCUCAGCUUUAUUUUCUGUGGAUCUGUCUCUGCAUCUCCACUUUAUCAAGGAUCUACUUGAUGUGCAAGUGAUUUUAGGCUUGAAUUUUAUUUAGGUCACGGUGCGUAGUCAGGCUGGAGUGAUGUAGGACUUUUGGAAGCUUUACCAAUUUUGAUAUCUAAAGAUCAAAUUGAUAAAUAUUACUGUACAUUUAUUGUAUACUUGCACAUUUGGGUUCAGCUCAGCCCACUUUUGACACUCUUUAAAAGCGAGGUAAAGAUGCGUUCAAGGAUGAUUAAUAUAAACUGUUUCUAAAACACAGCCAUAUUUAAUUGUUUAAUCUGGGGUGUGUCAACCCCCCAAAAAUGACUCCAAAAAUACCGAGGAACAUAGACAGUGUAGAAGAUGGAUGUAGCCACAGUGAGGUCACCCAGAGGUCAGUGAACUGCACACUUGUUGGUUGACGUCUUGUCAAUCACAAAUGGUCAGCUAAUGGGUAAUUAUCCUUUCUGAAACUUAGAAUGAGCAAAAUGUAUUUAAUAUUUUAUCUAAUAUAACCUGAAAUGAGUGGAUCAGAUCCAUAAAAGCAUUUCUUGGAGGCCAUUAAAAAGAACGUAUAUUUAAAGCACUUCCAUGUUGGCUUCAUGUCCUAGGAGCUGCGUCCAUCUUUUAUACUUUCCUAACAAAGAGGAGAUGUUACCACGAGAUGCUAAAGGAAAAGAUACCCUCCCCUAAAAAAAUCAAAAGAAAACGCUAACUGCUCCUGUCGGAUCAUAGUGGUAUUUUCAGUUUCAUUUGUGGAUCUUUGCAUGUGAUCCAACCAUUGAAAAAGUCAUUUUCAAGCAAAACCAUUUGAUUUGAAAGGCUUGUAAAAAUUUACAAAACUGCAGUCAUCACUGAUGUUAGGUCAUUAUAAAUUUGGGGCAAAUAGAAAUAAAUUCGGUUGUUGUAUCUGCUGGGUUAGUCUGGCCCUAAAAUCAGAUGAUCAUGUGCCCUCCACGCCGACGAACCAGUUUGCAGGAAAGAGGCACAUGCAGUUUUUUGUCAAGCUGCCUUACACGCCGCAUAUGCAGUACUUCUGUUUGUUUUUGGUUCAGCUGCAGCUCUUUUUGUUGUGAUGUUGCAUUGUUCUGUCAUUCUGGGGUUUGUAUCUCGCAUAGUGAGACGCAGACACUCCAAUGUUACGUGUCAGCUUUGUGUGAUGCUGUUUUCACUCCGUGCUUCUCGCUAUUGCUUGUAUCGUGGAAGGAGACUGUCAGGUUCAGAGCAUAACAUUCCCGCUGACCAACGUUGCCACCGUGUACCUUCUUGGUAACUGUGACAAGCAGGCUCGGUGAUUGUUUCAAGGGCUUCACUGAAGGGUGACGAUCUUGGAAUUUCCUUUAAAACCUCUAGAUGAGAUUAAUUGGUUGAAAGUUUUAAUGUUACAGUCAUUGAUUUGUAAAUGUAUUGUACAGCAAUUAACUAUGCAUUGUAAUAAGAGGCCCUUAAUUAUAUGUCUUAACUCAUCUGAUUAGGUUCAAAUGCCUUUCUUUUUCUAUAGUUUACACAUAUUUGCUAAGUCAGAAGAACUGGAGUUUAAAAAUUUAGCUACUUAAGAAAUUGCAUGACAAUUUUCCUUUUUUCUAAUUAAGAUGUCACACAGACGAAAGAAUGCAUGCAUGCAUAUAGCAUGUCGGCUUGUGCAAGCAAUGCACUGGGUCACCAGCUUUCCUUUGAGUUUGUGUAAAAGCAGUCAUGAAUGGGGAGGAUUUCGCUCGCUCCAGAGGAAACUAAUUGUACUGCUUUUAAGAAAUGACCCCAAACUUUGACCAAAUGGUCCCAGGUCUGAACCACCAAAGUGUUAUCUUCAUUCCAAGGAAAUCCUGGCAAAGUUUUUCAGGCGGAAAUGGGAGAAGGUAACCUUCUUAGGUUUACUAGGUUAAAGGCUUACUUGUUAAGCUUAAAGUAGACAGAUUAAUGAUCAUUACAGUUAAGUUUGCAGCCAAAGUUCUGCUUUAUGUUACGUGAUAUUCCACUUUUAGAAUCCUUCAUACUUGAUUAUAUAGGAUUAUUUACCAUAGAUCAGCAGCAGGAGUACACUGCAGACUGCAUCGUGCUUGUAGAGUAUUGUGAGAAGCAGUUUUGUGUGCGCUUGGUAGUGUCAUUUUGCUGGUAGAUGGAUGGU